GCGAAACCAUCCCGUACAACCUGUUUUUAUUUCUCUUUUGGAGGAAGAGAAAGGAUAGAAUCGGGUUUCAAGAUGGCGGGUGUGUAAUGUACGAGUAAAGAGGGGGAGGCAGUAAAAGCCGGGCCAGAGACCGUGGCCAACCGAAGGCUUUCACUGCUACAUUUCGGUACACCAUCAGACACCGUGUAACCUACAGAAGAUGAACCGCGGCGGGGGCUUCUCGUGAAAGCGGCAGGGGACAGAGAGUGGUGGAGUUGGGCAGUGAAGGGGAAGAGCGGGAGCCGAUAUUAGCAACAUCCGAGGGACUGCGGCAGCAUCAUGUCGGACACCAGGCGGCGUGUUAAGGUCUACACCCUGAAUGAGGACCGCCAGUGGGACGACAGGGGCACCGGGCAUGUGUCCUCCACCUACGUGGAGCGGCUGAAGGGAAUGUCUCUGCUGGUGCGGGCCGAAUCCGACGGUUCACUGCUUUUGGAGUCGAAGAUUAAUCCAAAUACUGCAUAUCAGAAACAGCAGGAUACCUUAAUCGUUUGGUCUGAAGCAGAAAAUUAUGACUUGGCCCUGAGCUUUCAGGAGAAGGCUGGUUGCGAUGAGAUCUGGGAAAAGAUUUGCCAGGUGCAAGGAAAGGACCCAUCUGUAGAAGUCACACAAGAUCCAAUGGAUGAAUCUGAAGAAGAACGUUUUGAGGAGAUGACGGAGACUAGUAAUUUGAUCGACCUACCUAAUUGCGAACUCGACAAACUCGAAGAGAUUGCUGACCUCGUUACCUCGGUCCUCUCUUCGCCUAUUCGCAGGGAGAAGCUAGCUUUAGCUUUGGAAAAUGAGGGCUACGUCAAAAAACUAUUGCAGCUCUUCCAAGCCUGCGAGAACUUGGAUAAUGCAGAAGGUUUACAUCAUCUGUAUGAGAUAAUAAGAGGAAUCUUAUUUCUGAAUAAAGCACCUCUCUUCGAGGUGAUGUUUUCGGAUGAGUGCAUCAUGGAUGUUGUAGGGUGCCUAGAAUACGACCCUGCUCUAGCUCAGCCGAAAAGACAUCGGGAAUUCUUAACCAAAACAGCAAAGUUCAAGGAAGUCAUUCCCAUAACAGACUCUGAACUUAGACAAAAGAUACACCAAACGUACAGGGUACAGUACAUUCAGGAUGUCAUCUUGCCCACCCCAUCAGUCUUUGAAGAAAACUUUCUUUCCACACUCACAUCUUUCAUCUUCUUCAACAAAGUGGAGAUUGUUGGCAUGCUGCAGGAAGAUGAAAAGUUUUUGUCUGAAGUUUUUGCGCAGUUAACUGAUGAAGCUACGGAUGGUGACAAAAGACGUGAACUGGUACACUUCUUCAAGGAGUUCUGUGCGUUCUCCCAGACAUUACAACCUCAAAACCGAGAUGCUUUUUUUAAAACAUUAGCAAACCUGGGAAUUCUUCCUGCCCUGGAGAUUGUAAUGGGCAUGGAUGAUUUGCAAGUACGCGCAGCAGCUACAGACAUAUUUUCCUAUCUGGUAGAGUUUAGUCCAUCCAUGGUCCGGGAGUUUAUAAUGCAAGAAGCCCAGCAGAGUGAUGAUGACAUUCUUCUCAUUAAUGUUGUAAUCGAGCAAAUGAUUUGCGAUACUGAUCCGGAACUUGGAGGAUCUGUUCAGCUCAUGGGCAUCCUGCGUACUCUGCUCGAUCCAGAGAACAUGUUAGCAACAGCUAAUGUAAGACCUUACAACUGGAAAAUGGAAAAGAGCGAGUUCCUGAAUUUCUUCUACAGCCAUUGUAUGCGAAUACUCGCUGCACCGGUCUUGGCGAGCACUUCAGCAGAUAAUUAUCAAACUGCACAGCUGCUUGCAUUGAUAUUGGAGUUACUCACAUUUUGCGUGGAGCACCAUACUUAUCACAUGAGAAACUUCAUAAUGACCUCUGAAUUAUUUGGAAAAGUAUUAAGCCUGAUGAGCUCGAAACAUACAUUUUUGGCCCUAUGUGCUUUGCGUUUCAUGAGGCGCAUAAUAGGCUUAAAGGAUGAUAUUUACAACAGCUGCAUUAUAGACGACAACCUAUUUGAACCAGUUAUUAAUGCACUUCUCGGCAAUGGGACCAGAUACAAUCUGUUAAAUUCUGCGAUACUUGAACUAUUUGAGUUUAUUAGAGUGGAAGAUAUACGGUCUCUAACAUUGUAUAUAUUUGACAACUUUUAUACGGCACUUGAACCUAUUGAGUAUGUUCAAACCUUUAAGGGAUUGAAAGCCAAGUAUGAGCUAGAGAGAGAGCGUCAAAACCAGAAAUUAAACAGCUGCAAUGUAACACCUAUAUUGCGCAUAAACAGCAGACUCCGUAGGGGUACAAGAUCCUUGGGAGGAGACGAAGAGUUGUGGUUUAAAGAAGUUGAACAACAAAUAAGCGAAGCCGCCGCAACUUCUGCAGAGAAAUCGAAAAUGGAAGCGGAAUUUCUAGAUAGCUAUGAGAAAUUCAUGGAAAACAAAAAAGCUAAAGAGAGUGAAGAUAAGGAGAACCUUCCAAAGAGAACAGCUGGGGGAGCGUUCAAGUUCACCUUUUCACACACUGCCAGUACAGCUAAUGGAACAAAUAGUACAAACGGCAAAUCUGUGGCAGCUCAGACACCACCAGCAGGUUCUAAUGGAUCGUCCUCAAACGCCAACAUGUCCACUGCAGUAACAUCUUCCAAGCAGGGCAAUGUGAUUGGCCUAGUUGACUACCCUGAAGAUGAGGACGAUGAGGAGGACGAAGACGCCUCUCCCAGAAAGAGACCACGCCUGGGAUCCUAGAAUGAUAUGGACAUACGGCUGUGUGUUCUUCAAUCAAUUAUAAAUGUGAUUAAUAAAAUGUUGAUGUUUUAAGGAUUAACUAAAUAAGCAGCGGAUUCUUUUCAAGUACGAAGUGCUGAAGCUCUCUGCUAGGGACUACGUACAGAAGUAGCCAAACUGCACUAGAAGGCUAUAAAUGCCAUGCUUUCAUGGAAGCCCUUCUAGUGUCCUCAAACUACGAAAGUCUAGAUGAUUGCUUCAGUGUAUUAUGCAUCUUGUGCUUGGGACAGAAGGUGGCACUUUUAGAAGACCACUUCAAUCUGACUGGGUUGCCCCCAAGAUGCAUAUGACCUAGGAUAAUAAAUGGAAGCUUUCAGGUGCACACCCAAUAAUCUUAAUUUUGUAAUGGUGCUGGCCAUAGUGUUUUAUCACUUGCCUGUUUUUAUAAAAAGAAUAACAUAUCAGUUGAAGGGAAGCAUUCUGUUAUUAGAAAAAAAAAAUGAAAGUCAGUGGGACCAUUCUUUGUAACUCUUACUGUCUACAAUAGUAGCGACGGGGAUAAAACAUUGAACAUUGUUACGUGCAUGUUACUUUUUAAACUAAAGGAAUCUGUAUUUUAAAGAAAUCUGGACAGCUAUAAUGAGCGGCCCGUCCUACAUAUUGCACUUCCAGACUACAUCAGUAGCUUCCAUAAUGUAUCUGGAAAUUAGCCCGUUGACCUCUUAACCAGUGCCUGAAUCUCUUGCAGUGUUAAAGCUUGGUGUUAAGUACAUGGAUUUUAUUUUUUUUUUAUUUUUUUUUUUAUCAUUUUCCUACAGAUUUCUUGUUUUGUCAGUAACAUCCAUGCUGUGGUUAGUAAAGUUAUCUAUCAUAUGUUCCUAAUUUCAAAUUGUUAAAGCUGCGGCUACGAAAAAAAAUAUAUACCAAAGGGUUACAAGCAAAUUUAAAUCUUACGGGUUAAGAACAGAAAUUUAGCUGGAAGAAGAUUCUAUAUUGCCAAUUAUAAUUGAAUCUAAGGAGCUCGUAAUAUCUUCGGUAAGACUGUAAUGUGAAAAAAAGUCCUUUUUUGUUGGUAGUAAUUCACAGCACAUUCCAUGGAUGUAAAUGACUUGCAAAUCAUACAAAAAUGAGUUAAAACACGAUUGUUUUUAUUUGGGGGGAGGGGUGCCCAUGUACUGUAAAUAUUUUAAUAUUGACCCAUAUAUGAUCUGAGAUCAUGCCUACCUAUUGAACUAUUAAACCAGCCACAAUCCACUACAUUAGUUGCCCAUGUGAUAUGGGUCCGUUUCUCCUGGAAAUAGUUUAAACAGUUCCUGGCUUUGGAGAUUUUUUGUAGUCUAAUUUCAGCUAUUGUUUGGAAAGAUGGGCUGUUUGUGUACAUAUGAAGUAUAGGUUUUUUUCCAUAAAAACAGAAGUUUAUUUUGUAUUAAAUGCCACUGUACUUGUAUUACACCAUUUGUAUACAUGUGGUGAUUUUAAUGCUAAACUGUAAAUUCGGGAAUUAAAAUGUGACCCUGUAAUUCCAUAAAA